AUGGUAAUAAAAGACACGGCACAAGUUAAUGAAAAUUUCACCCAAAAACAUAAAUCUCUUAAAGUGGCUCACAUUUUCGCGGACGACGCCUCUCGAUUGGCGCAUUUCGAAUAUUCCGACUCUCAUUUCAAUGCCAGUAAUAUAUGUAUCUGCAUGGUGACUAAUACUGUGAUAAUGGAAUUUAAUGUAAAUAAUAAUAUAAUAAUACCCCUCAAUUCUGUCAACGCAUCCAUCACAUCUUGUUCCAAGAUAUCACUAAGCAAAUUACUGACGUCACAACAACCGAAUAGCAUUCCACGAAGUUGUACAAUAACAUCGGUUAAAAAUGUAACAUGUGUACGAGGAUACCAUUUGCCGUACCAAAAAUACCUUCUGAAACACGCCAUUCACACUAACAUUCGAUUGCAAGCUGUGGAGACUGUGAAGGCGCCCACAUUUCCAGAUUCGGUCACAACCGGCGAUGUGAAAUUAAUAAAAAAACAAGGCGACGCCGUGACUAUGGACGAAGUUGUAUUAGAAAUAGAAACAGACAAGACCGCACUUCCGGUGAUGUCGCCAGGCAGUGGAACAAUAGUCAAGAUGCUUGUAAAAGAUGGAGAUGCAGUUAAAUCACAACAAGUACUUUUUGAGGUGGAUGUAACAGGUGUGGCGCCUGCCAUGGCUGCUACACCUGCAGCAACACCAGCACUCUCCAAGCCAGCGACUGCUACUCCUGCCCCCGCAAUUGCCGCAGCCAAAACAACCCCCGCCGCUAAACCCACCCCAGUUGCAGCAAAACCCGCUGCUAAAGCUGCUGCUAAAAAACCAACUGGACCCACUCUCGCUGCAGAAAAAAUCGGUGAUCCAACAAAGACAAUUUCUGGUACUCGCACUCAACAUCCUGUGCCCAUGAACAAAAUGAGGAAACGUAUCUCAGAACGAUUGAAGGAGGCUCAGAACACCACAGCAAUGUUGACCACGUUCAACGAAUGUGAUAUGACAAAACUAAUAGCAUUCCGGAAAGCGAAUUUGGAAACUUUCACGAAGAAAUACGGAGUGAAAUUGUCAUUCAUGUCACCGUUCCUGAAAGCGGCUGCCAACGCUCUGAUGGACCAGCCCGUAAUUAACGGCGUCAUCAUCGGAGACGAUAUUAUUUACAGAGAUUACGUGGACAUCUCAGUGGCAGUGGCAACUCCUAAAGGACUGGUGGUGCCCGUUGUGAGGAACGUCGAGUCAAUGGAUUAUCCGCGAAUAGAACUGGCGUUGAGUUUGCUUGCCGAGAAAGCGAAAAGCGGUAAAUUGACACCAGCAGAUAUGCAAGGUGGUACGUUCACCAUCAGCAACGGAGGAGUCUUCGGCUCGCUACUCUCAAUGCCCAUCAUCAAUCUGCCACAGUCCGCCAUUUUGGGAAUGCACGCCAUAUUCCAAAGGCCAGUUGCUAUACAGGGCAAGGUGGAAAUUAGGCCGAUGAUGUAUCUGGCUUUGUCGUACGACCACAGACUGAUCGACGGUCGUGAAGCUGUGUUCUUCUUGAAGAAAAUCAAGUCAGGCGUAGAAGACCCGACUUCAAUACUGGCUGGUGUAUAAAGAGAUAGACAACUCGCAGAGACAUCGAAGUGUACGAACGAACUGAUCAAUGGACUGGGUCCAUAUAUGGAGUUUUUUAAAAGAAAAGUAGAUAGAGAAAUUAUAGGAUUAACUUCUACCUUUAUCUUUGUAAUAUGGGUUAUAUUCUACAUAUAAAGU